CUAGGCUUGUGCGACGCAAGCUCACUGCCAAAACAUAGAAUUGAUAUACUUGUUUUCAAUUUAUAACAAUGCCUAGUCCAAUAUUAUCUGAAUGUUCCAUGGGUUCAACUUCGGUGCUUAUCCGAGUCCAACCUGGCGUGGUCUUAAAACGUCCUCACGAUAGUAUUAAUAAGGAUUUCGCCGCUAGAAUCGCCACAUGUUUUGCAGCCGAACAUCAAAUCCUCGAAAUACUGGGAGACCAUCCCAGAAUUGUCAAAUAUCUUGGACGGCAAGAUAAGCCAGAACUUCCGUCAGGGUUGCUAUUUGCUGAAGCUAGCCAUGGAGAUCUUCAAGCAUAUCUCAAUGAUAAGAACGACGAAAUCCCCCCUGCCCUUCGAAGGAAAUGGUGUCGGCAAGUAGUCGAAUCGAUCGCAUACAUACACUAUAAAGGGGUGAUACACUCUGAUCUACGCCCUGAAAAUAUCCUCGUCCAUGCCACUACCCCCACAUCUCUCGACAUCUGUCUUUGUGAUUUCGGUGGUUCAGCGUGUGAGAAAAUUGGGUUGGAGGGUGUAAAUUUGCCAGAUUCGGGCUUCUUUGACCCCAACUCCGAAUUUGUAUCAACACCCGCUACGGAUUUAUUCAGCGUUGCAUCUAUACUUUACACAAUCCUCACCGGACAUUGGCCAUACCGAGCACCUGGAGGACGGUUUGGGUCUUCUGAGGAGAUGAUGAAUUAUCUCAACCUGGUUGAUGACUUAUUCCGAAGGCAAGAAUUCCCUGACGUGAGUGAAAUCUGGGCAGGGGCUGUUAUCCUAAAAUGUUGGAUGCACGAAUACGCCAGUGCCGAUGAUCUUUUGCAAGCCUUAGAAUUGGAGAUGCCGGACGAGACAAGUGAAUAGGUAGAUGGGCGGAUAGAAAAAUGAGUAGAUUUAGCAAACAAGUGAAUAAGUAUCCAGUUAUUAGAUCUUGACAUGAGUUUGACGUCCGCUUUAAACACCAAAAGCCAAAUAUUAAGAGCUAUUCAAUCUCAAUGAUCCCAAUUACAUAAUCCUAACUCAUGUCUGAUCAGGUACCUAAGUUGGUCAUCAUAAGCAGCCCAUAAUGUCACAACGGCACGUGUACGGUGUCCAUGUC